UGUGCACUACCGCUCCAAACCUGUAGACGGCGACGUUGAAUCAUACGUUUCACCAGGGUGCACGAGGAAACCACUUCAUGAUAACAAACGUAUCAACGAGCAAUCCUGCUCGUUCAGCAACAGUUCAGUGAUUUAAAACUUCGAUGCGACUGUAAACAUUAAUGAAGGACUUUUUUUUAUGGUUGUCAUAUUAAGUUUUAGACGUAGAAUACUUCCUUAGAUACUCGUGGGUGUCAUGACAGUCAGUUUCUUUAAUAGUCAAUUAAUCUGUGAUGGUUAUUAUGUACAUGACAACGAUGGCAAAUCCAUGUAACAUUGCUGCUGACCUGAAUAAGUACAUUGUGAAGGAGGCUCCUCCAACUAUUUAUUAUGUUCCAAAUUUUAUAACGGAGGCCGAGGAGGAGUAUUUGUUGCAGCAGGUAUGCAGAGCUCCCAAGCCCAAGUGGACACAAUUGUCAGGGAGGAGGCUACAGAACUGGGGUGGAUUGCCAAAUCCCAAAGGAAUGCUUGCUGAGAAACUCCCUGAUUGGCUGCUAAAGUACACCGAGAAAAUAUCGGCUCUUGGAGCUUUUGCUGGAAAGACAGCUAAUCAUGUGCUUGUAAAUGAAUACAAGCCUGGGGAGGGAAUUAUGCCUCAUGAGGAUGGACCACUGUAUCACCCCACAGUAACAACUAUCAGUCUGGGUUCUCAUACACUUCUAGAUUUCUACAAGCCUGUUUGUCAGACUCAGUCUGAAACUCCUCAAACAGAAGAAAGCCGCUACAUGCUAUCAUUGUUGGUACAACGAAGAAGUCUGCUGAUUCUGCAGGAUGACAUGUACAAAUUUUAUCUGCAUGGUAUUCAUGGAGUUUGUGAGGAUAUUUUGUCAGAGCAUGUGGUGAAUCUCUCAUCAACAGGGGCUCAGGUUUGCAACACGCUGCUCCGCAGCACCAGAGUCUCCCUUACCAUUCGCCAUGUUCCCAAAGUCAUCCGGACCAAUCUGUUGCUUGGCAAGAAGUGACACAUUCACAGACUUGCUUGAACUUUGAACCAGACAAACAGGUUAUACAUGUUUACACCCGCAAUGCAAAGUGUGGAAAUGCAAUAUACAAGUGUCUACAAUAUAUUAUUGUAUAUGCAGAGCAUUAGUGUCUGUAAGGGUAUCUUAAUAUAGAUACCUUACAUGGUGGCAUGUAUGCAGCAGCCUUUGAAAUAUUUGUCCACUCAAAGCUGAAAGGUCUACAGGGUUGUCGAUUGUACAAGCAGAUCUGCAUUGAUAAACAAAUGGCUUUUUUUGCAACAUAAAUAAAUUGCUGUAUUU